AUGAAUUCUUCACAGAUCAGUUUCUUUAUUGAUGAGGAAAGACCUACACCAGUGGCGUUCUGUCAGAAGUUCAAUUACUUAUCGAAAAAAAAAGCUCUCUCGGAAUGGCACAGUGCACUCCAGGCAUGUCUCGCAAUUCGUAAGGACGAUCUACGACUGGUUGAACUCGAACAACAGUAUAAAAAGGGUCAUUACGCGAAAGCUAUCGACGAUUACUUUAAACUAUCAUCAUCUACUCGUCUUCUUGAGAAAAAGAGGACCUCUGUUGACAGAACACUGACCAAAAAAACGGGCAAGGCAAUUCGAAAACGUAUCGAUGAUCUCCUCCCUGAGGAGAAUGGUAACCAGGAACAUUCAAAAAAGCCUCGCCUCACAGAGUCAAAUCGGAAUGAUGAUAGUUCGGUAUUAAAAUUAGCAGAUUCGGCAAUAAAUGAAGGUAAUCACAAUUUGUGUUCGUCAUCAUCUGUUCCGUCUUCCAAUUUUAAUAGUGAAGAAGGUACGAAUGACGAACAUUUGAACGUUCGGGAGCUACUAACCAAAAAAGAACGACGUCAGACGCGUUAUUCGUGGGAGAGCAUUAUUGAUCGGAUUGAUUGCAGGAGUACCUCUAAAGAUGAUCAGACUAACAUUCAAGAAGUGGUUGGAGCAUACGUGGAGGACGAUGCCAUACCAGAAGAUGACACGCCAGCGGCAAUCAAGAAAUACGAGAGUGACCUGGAAAAGGCCAUUAAGUUAUGCAAAAGGAAGAAUGUGGGGAGAGCAAAUCUGGAGAAAGUUUCUUCUGAGUUUGUUCUCAUAGUAAUAGACCGGGCACUCAUUACUACAAAGAUUUAUCCUGAUGUCUUCAGGAAAGUCAAGAGAGAGGGGUAUGCAUCAAAUGAUGAUGACUGCUCAGUGGCUGAGAAGCGGAUAUAUGAGGAGGUCAGAAAAUUCCUCAGUAAACUUAAAUUCAAAGAAAUUGCCACAGAUUCUCCAAUGGGCUCAGGAAUAUUGGAUCUUACAAACCAUGGCAACAAGAUUGCAGAGAGGCUUCCACAGGAUGUUCAGGAAGCUCUCACGAAGCAUGAGCUCAAGGAAGGUCUAAAGAGGGUGAGACCAGUCAAUUUCCCUGGUAUUGAGGAUAAUAUAGACCAGGAGCUGGAGGAUGCAUUGUUUGUAACUCAUGGGUUGCUGGAGGGAUUGCAAGUGCCUUCUUUUGAAAGAGCUGACUAUAGCGAAAAUGGUUAUGUGGUCCUUGCCAUUUCAAAAAUCUUGGAUCCCAUUUUUGCUUGCGAUGAAGAUGAAACACUGGCAAUGCAUGCAUGGGCCAAACAAGUAAGCCAGUCAUCCCAUGAACGUAAAGAAAAUUUUCGAGGUGAAAACCCAGAUUUUAAAAUCAUGACAAAUACAAAAGAAGAGAUUCUUUUUGGUGAAGUCAAGACAAAAGACUCAUCCUUAUUGGUCAAUAAAGAUCUUGUCAAACUCUCCAACUUUCAAGCAGGUGCCUUAGAUGAGUUGGUCAAAAAAUACGGAAACAAAAUUGGGUUGACUUCUUUUGGUAUUUGGAUUUGUGGUACGCGUAUUCGCGUUUACGAAAUGGACCUGAACUAUGAUGGAAUGUAUAGAAUGUUCUUGACGGCAAAUGUAAUGACUCCAACGGAAGGAGCACAAUUCUUAAAUUUGAUACCAGUACUAGAAGCAUUAUAUAAUGUUAAAGACCGUAUUUAUGAAGUAUUGAAG